GUUUGAAAGAUGCUAUUAGCAGAACAGCUGUACAACUACCCAUAAUUGAAUUCUACUGGGCUACACUGGCAGCUUGCCUGACCUCAAGAUGUUGCUGUCGCUGGAUUUGGUAUUCGAUCGGAUGCUCCUCCCCGAGGCCUUUUUGGCUUCGGACCGGCUGGCCGACUGUGAACCGGUUCUGCAGGUGUCCUGGCUGAAUUUGCCGCCCGUUCUGAUUGCACUGGACAACGCCACGUUUGACCAAAAGCGCGUCCUGGAUUUUGGUGGCCGUGGGAAAGCUUUGAUCUUCGAGCUUUCUGAGACCGGGUAUCGUGUCACGCUGCGCCGAGCUGCAUCCAGCUCUGGUCCCCCUGUCGACUUAGAGGACUACGAACACGCGCCGUCGAAUCUUGCUUCCAGCGAAAUUGACGUGCAGCUGAAAUACUCGACGGACUUUGACUUGCGGCUUGCUCUGCUCGCGCUCCCGCGGGGCGGAGUCGAAGUGCCGGAAGAGAUGAUAGAUAACACUCCAAAUGAGGAUGCUACUUCCGCUGAAACUGCACUCGACGCAAAUCCCAACGUGACCGAUGAUGAGAAGCCGGAUGCUGAUGAAGCGGGUAGAAAUUGUUCUACUACCGCUGAUCUGCUCACGGAAAACAAAAACAAUCUCGGCAAAACGAAUUUGCCGCCGGUCGGCGCUUUUCUCGUCGCUUUUAGCACCCUUCACUGCGCAGAGCUGGUCCGAUUGUCCGCUUUGGGCUACGUGCAUGCCAAGCUGGAAGGAAUCCAACAGGAGUCGAUCCUGGUCAGCCAGCCCUUUCGCGCGCACGCGUUGAGUCUGGAGAACCCACACAUUGCGGGACAGGUGGCGCUCAGUUUCCACAUGCGCAUCGUUCCCUACUUUGCCGAUGCUGACGAGACUAAUGCUGGCUUGACCACGACAACCAAGGAACCCUUUCCAACUGCGAGUCGGAAUCAAGCGAACAGCAGUCCAGGCUUCUACAACGGCCAGCACGAUGUGGACAUGAUGUACGACGAGGAGGAGAUGUAUUCGGUCUACCUACCGUCUAACGGAUCAGAAACGCACUCCCGUCGCGGUCGUCAUCCCAUGGACGCCAAUGCAAGCCGGAACGCUCUGCACGGAAAGCAGGUUUUCGAAGGUCCUCGUCCAAGACGUGGCUCGGGAACAUCUCGUGGACCACAAAUAAAAGCAGUUGGCGCGGCGACAUCUCGGGCGGACCACUCCAAACAUAAACCCCCACCGUCCACAGUCGUCCAAGAAAUGGAGCAAACGUCAGAGGCCGCAAAUGCGGGGCGGGACAUCUUCACGCCCGGCGCUGUCCGGUUCCUCAGAACGCCACUGAGUACGCCAGCCGACGGGGACGACGGCGCGGACGGAUGCUGGGCGCAGGGGGGCACGGAAAUUCCCGUCUGUUACCAGUAAGAGGGUCGUUCCUGAAAGGUGGCUAAGUGAAAUUGGCCCUGUUUUCGUGAUGAAGAUGGAGAUGCUGCGCUUUGUUUUCGCUUUGACGCAAAGGCAAACAAAAUUGAGUACAGACAAUUUCUCUGCGCAUAAUGAUAGAAAUGCUCCACCAGAAUUGUUGGAAUUGGAUUCAUUGGAGUAAAAUGAAGAUGCACUAUCCUACCUACCUGGUGAUGCCGUUCUACGGAUC